CUGGCCCCGGGCUGCCGGUCGCUGGCCCCGGGCUGCCGGUCGCUGGCCCCGGGCUGCCGGUCGCUGGCCCCGCCGGGCCGCCGCCGCUCCUCGCUCGGCUGAAGCGCUGCCCGUUCGGGGGCGGCUGCUGGGGCGGCUCGUCCCGGGCCUCGCCUGACUACGGCUGAGGCGGCGGGGGGUGGCCUAGGGAACAGCUGAUAAGAAUAAAUUCAUAGCUCUAGACCCAACUGCGGCUUGCAUUUAUGAAAUAUAUAUAUAUAUGAUUACACAUAUAUAUAUAUAUAUAAAGGUACUUCUGAGGACCUCAUAAUGAGAAACCAGCCAAUUCCUGCCUGCAAGGGGAAUGUUUUAUAUGCAGGUAUACGGCACUCCUGUGCAGGCUAUGACGUCUCGGUCAGAUGCGGGCACGAUGUGAAGGCUAAGCCUAACCUCCCCAAAAGAAGAGACCUGCCCGAUGACGCCCAGGCUCGCCACCAAGCUGCUAGCCUGCAAGAACAGAGCAGCGGCAGGCUCCCCGGAUCCCGUAGUGGCAACUUAAAUCCCAAGGGGGAGUUCUGUGCAGAAAGAUCAGUGCUUGCCCAGCCAACAUUUGUUUUUGAAAAGAAAGACCGUCCUUUGAAGCGGCCUGCAGAAGACCCAGUUUGCAAAGCUGGAAACGAUUUCAUUAGUUGUUCCAGAAAGCGUACAAGAUCAUCAUCUUUUACUUUCCAGAAGUCUGACUCUAACACAGAUACAACUCUCACUCAGAAAAGGGGGAGAUCGACUUCAUUUACCAUCCUUCCCACCUUCCCUCCCUCCCAGCCAGUAAAGAAGAAUAACAUUUUCAUGACCUCAGCUCUUCUUCAAAGAAACCUUGACUUGAUCAAAAGUGCAGAAGGAUCCUUGUCACAAAGUCAAUUGCAGAAUGUCAUCAGACCUGCCAUUUUACAACCCCCACAAGCCCUGACCUGUCCUGAAAAUCCUAUAGUAUCUCUAGUGACUAAGAAAGAAGCACUUGUUCAGGUAAAGAGAAAACUAUCUGAAGACAGCUCUUAUUCCUCAGCAGAGAACUCAGUAAAUGCCGAACCAGCAGUGAUGUCAUCUACUACCAUGAAUCUUUCUAGCUCUAAAACAACACUAAGUCAGUUGUUUGAAGACAGAAGUGUACAAAACAGCAGCAAUUCUCAUUUUGUGUUUGGAGAAAACAUGGUUGAGAGAGUUUUGGUAAGAUCUGUAAAUGCUGGUAGACUUUCUAGCAAGAGUCCUGAAAAGCAUCCCAAGCUGUGUAAUGAAGCUCAUUCAUACAAAGGAGAAGUAACAUCCAUGUGCACAGACUCUUUUAAUGACAGUCCACAAACAAAAACAGCUUUGCUGAGGAAUACAACGUUAAUUGAUUCAGCAGCUGCUUGUAUUUCCAAGCCCGUGGAGAAAAUUCUAUUAGAUAAAGUUGAAGUUAUAACCGGAGAAGAGGCAGAACACAAUGUACUACAGAUCAACUGCAACCUCUUUGUAUUUAAUAAGAUUUCUUUAACCUGGAUUGAAAGAGGCAGAGGAUCCCUGAGGCUUAAUGACACUUCCAGCAAUAAAUGUGGAAUGUUGCUGUCAAGGCUAAUUAUGCGAAAUCAAGGCAGCUUGAGACUGAUUCUCAACACCCGACUAUGGGGUCAAAUGGUUAUAAAAAGAGCAAGCAGAAAGACCCUGUGCUUCACUGCAACAGACCAAGAGGACCACUCUGUUCAAGUAUUUCUAAUUCAGGGAAGCUCAAAAGACAUUGGAUACCUGUAUGUAGCAAUGCAUCACCGCCUUGUGGCAUUGCGAAGCUUUGCUGAGCAAGAGCCAGAUGCUAAUCAAGUAGACACAGAGUCAGAAAUACCUUUACAGCCAUUAAACUGUGAUAGUGAUGAUGAAGACGAUGGAAAAAUAACUCAAGUGAGCAGCAGGGGAUAUGGAAAUAGGAAAACUCUUAGCUCUGAGAACUCCCUGGAUUGCUCCCAGAUCAUUCUAGAUGGAACCACAGGCAGUCCAUAGUCUGCUCAUGACACCUACCAGAGGUUACAACAGCACAGCUAGGAACUCAUCUUCCUAAAAUGUCUAAGCUGACUCAUUGGUCCCUGGAGGGAGGAAAUCACACACAUUUUUCUUAUGACUUUUAAGCAAAGAUUAAUUAUAGGGACAGCUUAGGUUUAAUACAUUUGGAAAGAACUUGAGAUGCACUUUUGAGGAUUCCAGUCAGCCUGCUUUGCACUGAGAUGGGAAUGACACAAUGGCUUCCAAUAUUCAAGAAGUGUCACAAAGGCUUCAGAUUUUAGAAUUAAAUAUAUUUAGAUGUAUUAUUAAAAUAAGGAAUUUUAUAGGGAAUAAUUUUUUAUUCAUCAUAUUGAUGGAUAAAACCACAUAACCAUAAGCAUUAUAUAUUUGAAGAGGUAUUUGUUACUUUUCAUCUGUUAUUUGAAAGAUACAUUUGGAAAGCUUUAAAUCAGGCUUCACUGAAAACAUCUAUUUAAAAUUGUGUGAUAACAUUCAGUAUCCUGUUUGUAAGUACAUACAAGAAGAAUUGGGAGUGGUAGUUUAGCAUGAUGAAGGCCUAUAGAAACCAGCCUUCAUAACAAGUUCUUUUUUCCUGUUUUGAAAAUAUCUGGAGUUGUAGAGAGGUUGUAAAACUUUGUUACAGGGCAAAGAAUCACAGUCUGACUUUACAGCCAUAAGCAGCAGGAAUUCACCAGGAAAAAGCCAGAAUUCACCAGGAAGAACUGAAAGCCAUUUCUAGGGGGCAUAUGAGCUCUAAAAUCUAAAAGUGUAUCUGCUUGCAUUCACAGCUUUUUCAAUAACAAGCUUUUGCACUGUUAAUUGUCCAUUUGAUAUAUGCAAAUAAAGGCAUGCACGGUAUAACUGGAUAUCAGCAUAAAAAGUUUUCUUAAAUGAGAUUGUCUAAUUAUUUGUUAGAUGUAGCUAUCCCUAAACAGCAUAAUUCCUUGAAAUAGAUGAAUAUAUUACAUGUCCUAAUUUGUGCAAUAAUCCCAACAGUGCCAAAGACCUAGUCACUCUGUAAGAGUGAUUCCACAAACUACUGCCUUCUACCUAACCAUUCUCAUGAGGAUUUAGAAAAAUUGAUUCUAAUGCCACCUGUGAAUUAAGAUUUACUGGGUCAUGCAUAAACCCAUGCACAGUACAGAUACCAUUUGUGCUUUGUUUUCUAUUUAUUCUGUCAAAAGAUAAAGAAAUUGUAUCUGUAAUCAUUCUGCUGCAACUCUCUUCUGCCUUGUAUGUUUCUGGUUAUCAAAUAUGAUUUCUUUGUCAUCCUCAGAGCUGAAACAAUACUCUGAGAUAUCUGAAGUGCUUUUAAUUAAGAUGACUGUAACAAUUUCUCAAUCUUAAGAGCUGCAUCACACCUUAAGAGUCAAAUUACAACUUGGUUUUCCUGUCUGAACAUAUGUAUGAAGUUGGAAGAAAACCAGCUUCUUCAUGAAUUCUCAGUGCACUGUCAAGAUUAGCAUCCAGAUGAAGCUGAACUAGCAUCUGGAUUACACUGAAUCCUAAAUAGCCUGACAGAAUUAUCAUGUGUCUGACAUUGAUUUAGCAUCUGGAUGACAGUAAGCUUAAGUGGUACUGGAUUUUUGCUUUCAGGAAAAGGGGAGUGCUUCAUAACAGAGCACCUGUGUCAAAUAGUGAAGCACUGGGAUUCUCUUUGACUCUUCAGCCUGCUGAAAACAAAAACGUUCUUUCCAUGACUAGCUGUACAUUUUGUCCUUUUCUAUUAGCCUCAUUCCUGACCACAACAAUAUUUGCAUCACUGACCUUCAUAUUUCAUGGGUGCAACUCAUACUCAGGAACAAACCUCCAUGUUAUAAAAACCUCAGCAGUUGUAAAACACAGCAGCCCUAUGUAUUUAGCAACAGGUCAUGGUGAUAACUUUGCCCUGGAGUUCAGCUGGCUGUGCACUUAAUGCAGAGUUUGAUUUCAAAGUCUGUCCUGAUAAUCAAAGCCUUCUAUGUGAAAUAGGAUUUAAGCACCUGAGUGUCAUGAUAUCACUCUAAAUUCUACUACUGCUGUAAAAUUCCUGGUAAAUGAAGGAGUGCUCCUGAACAGGCACAACAGAAUAGAGGAUGUAAACUUUGAGCAGACAGAGGAUGUAAACUUUGUCAUUUGCUCCCACUGCAGAAGAAACAAGGCUUAUGAUCAUUCACAAAUAAAUUCUCUUUUGAUCUGCCUCUUCCUAAGAUUGUUACAUAUAUACACAAGUAUACACACAAACACACAGGCUUAUGCACACAUACACACUUUCAAACAUGAAGCUAUGUCUCCUAAAAGUUGAGGGUGAAAAGAUAUGUUUAUUUUGAAGAGGUUGGAUACUGUGUUAAUAGAAGACAUAUAAAUACACUUCUAUGCAGACUUAUUUGUGGUAUGAAUUUUUACUCUCGAGAUCCUGAUUAUUUAUUCUAUUUAGUCUCAUUGCACUACAUUAUUUCUUAAGAUUGAAGGUAUGCUGAUAUGUAAUCUAAUAACUUGGUUUUGAAAAUGUAAAGUUUGUCAUGACAGCUGGAGCAACAAUUUCUAUACCUGAACAAUAAACAAUUUUCUUACAGCUAUAA